UGACCGACAGAGGCGGGAGAGGGGGCUUGAAGGCGGGGCGCUACAAUGUGGCGUUCGGUCAGAAGUUGCUGAAGACGGAUGCAUGAGACUUGCGGAUCGCCGGAGCUAAAUUCAAAUAGAGUCUUCUCUCUCCUCCUCAGUGUCAGUCUACCUCCACACAGACAGCGAUCAUGAGAGUCCUCCUACUGCUCUCCAUGCCAGUCCUCCUGCUAGCUCAGCCCCCCCUCUACCAAGAACCAUUUCCUUUCCUGGAGGACUAUGGCCCUGAUUAUUUCCCAGAUAAUCCUGACACGGAUGUCCAGCAGCAGGUUCUGUUAAAGGUUCCCCAAACGUUGCCUGGUCCCGAACGUCCUGGUCUGUUUGCGCAAGAGACAGAGCCCACAGAACCUGGCCCCCUAGAUUGUCGAGAGGAGCAGUACCCCUGUACCAGACUCUACUCUGUUCACAAACCAUGCAAACAGUGUCUGAAUAGCCUCUGCUUCUACAGCUUGCGAAGGGUGUAUGUGAUCAACAAGGAGGUGUGUGUCAGGACUGUGUGUGCGCAUGAAGAGCUGCUAAGAGCUGACAUGUGCCGUGACCAGUUCUCUCGUUGUGGUGUAGCUGCGGUGAGUGGCCAGUGUGGGUCACUGGGGAGCAGCUGUGGGAAGAGCUGUGGAGGGUGUUGAGAACAUGGGGCACAUCAGAGAACACCAGCCCAAAUACUGCCACAUCUCUAGGGUCCACAUCCCACCUCCUUCCCAUCCCAUUUUCUGUUUAAUCUUUGACUGUAUUCCACAUACUUUUUGGUACCAAAGAACUCCCAUGUUUCUUCUCGUCUCUCCUCCCUUUCAGAAUUACAUACAUAAUGAGAAGUGGGAUCAGUAGAACGUGUGUAUGGAUAAAUAUAUAUAUUCUUUUAUACUCAACAGAACAUUGAUGACUGUAUAACGUCACUGGUGCUAUAAAAUCACUACCACACUGGUGCUAAGGAAUGGAAAUCAGCAAUCAGAGAGGCACAUAAAAAAAGCAACAUUUGUAUCUUGUUUUUUCUGCCUAAUUUUACCCUAUAUUCUAAAUCAUUGUGUGAUGUUUGUUGUUUACUAUACCUGUGUUGAAAAGCAGUCAUAGUAAUGACGGGACAGCCAGAGUGACAGCUACUGCUUACUGACCUCAACAACAGAGGCAUUAGCAAAACUCAGUCAUCCAUAACCAUCCCACUGCCUUGGCACUGACUGGGUGGCAAGCAGCGACAAUCAGACUUGAAGAGACGGGUGCUGACCCCUGACCUCUCGAGUGUUAUUGUGUAACAUGGUCAACGUGACUAGAGCUACAUUGGCUGGUGACCUUGCAUAGGUUCACAUCUCAGUGGCAAGAAGUGCUUUGAAAAGGCUGCUCACAAAUUGUUACUGUACUACUGCUUUGUAAAACCCUUUCAUUAUACUGGAGAAAAAAAUAAAUGUUUUUUUUACUACAA